UUGGCAAUUGCUCUGCCUACGUGGGAGAGUAGGGAGGGUUGGGGAAAUGUGGAGAACCUGAACCUGAGGCGCUACCGCCAGAGGAAGGUUUGCUGGGAGGAGAAGUAGAAGGGAAAACACGGGUGGAGGGUGAGGUGAGGAGGACAUCUAGGUUGCUGCUUCUGGGCGGCACAAAGUUCUUCACGAUGUGGCUGAAGCCUGAGGAAGUGCUCCUGAAAAAUGCGCUGAAGCUGUGGCUGAUGGAAAGGUCCAACGACUACUUCGUGUUGCAAAGGCGUCGGGGCUACGGAGAAGAAGGCGGAGGAGGGCUCACAGGAGCCAACAGAGAAGAAAUAACUAAGCACUGGGAUUGGUUGGAAGAAAAUAUUAUGAAGACCUUAUCUGUGUUUGAUUCAAAUGAAGAUAUUACUAAUUUUGUACAAGGAAAGAUCAGAGGAUUAAUUGCUGAAGAGGGAAAGCAUUCUUUUGCAAAAGAAGAUGAUCCUGAGAAAUUUCGAGAAGCCCUUUUGAAAUUUGAAAAAUGUUUUGGCUUACCAGAGCAGGAGAAGUUAGUGACCUAUUACUCAUGCAGUUAUUGGAAAGGACGGGUUCCUUGUCAGGGCUGGCUCUAUCUCAGCACCAACUUUUUGAGCUUCUAUUCUUUUUUAUUAGGAUCAGAAAUAAAACUUGUUAUCUCCUGGGAUGCAGUCUCAAAACUUGAAAAGGCUUCCAAUGUCAUACUGACAGAGAGUAUUCAUGUAUGUUCCCAAGGGGAGAAUCACUACUUUUCAAUGUUUUUGCACAUUAAUCAAACAUACCUUCUCAUGGAGCAGCUGGCGAAUUAUGCUAUAAAGAGACUUUUUGAUAAAGAAACGUUUGAUAAUGAUCCAAUCCUUGAUGAUCCUCUGCAAAUCACCAAGAGAGGCCUGGAAAAUCGAGCACACAGUGAGCAAUUUAUUGCCUUUUACAGGCUGCCCAAAGAAGAGACUUUGGAAGAAGUGCAUGAAUGUUUCUUAUGGGUGCCAUUUAGCCACUUUAAUACUUAUGGAAAAAUGUGCAUUUCAGAAAACUAUAUCUGCUUUGCUAGCCAGGAUGGCAAUCUAUGUAGCGUAAUCAUUCCAUUACGAGAGGUCUUAGCUAUAGAUAAGACAAAUGAUUCCAGCAAAUCUGUCGUCAUCAGCAUCAAAGGAAAAACAGCUUUUCGCUUUACUGAAGUUAACGACUUGGAGCAACUGGUAACCAAACUCAGACUCAGGUGUGGGGCAGCUUCGACUCGCUAUCACGAUAUUAGCACAGAGGUUGCUAUUAGUUCUGACUCUUCAGGUCCAUCAGAUAAUCUUGAGGAGCAAUCUAUGACAUGUCAGAAAGAAUGCAGUAAAACUGUGAACACUGAAGCCUUAAUGAGAGUGUUUCACCCUCAGAAUUUGGAGACUCUUAAUUCUAAAAUGCUGAAAGAAAAGAUGAAGGAACAGUCAUGGAACAUCCUAUUUGCAGAAUGUGGGCGUGGUGUUAGCAUGUUCCGGACCAAAAAGACUCGAGAUCUGGUUGUAAGAGGGAUUCCAGAGACCUUAAGAGGAGAGCUUUGGAUGCUUUUUUCAGGUGCUGUUAAUGAUAUGGCUACUAACCCUGGUUAUUAUGCUGAAGUGGUUGAGCAAUCCUUAGGGACCAGCAACUUGGCUACCGAAGAAAUUGAACGUGAUUUGCGUCGCUCCCUGCCUGAGCACCCAGCCUUUCAGAGUGAUACUGGCAUAUCUGCUCUGAGGCGGGUACUCACUGCAUAUGCAUACAGGAAUCCCAAAAUCGGGUACUGCCAGGCAAUGAAUAUUUUGACUUCAGUGUUGCUUCUGUACGCAAAAGAGGAAGAAGCUUUUUGGCUUCUGGUUGCGGUCUGUGAACGAAUGUUACCUGAUUAUUUUAAUCGUCGAAUCAUCGGUGCAUUGGUGGACCAGGCAGUCUUUGAAGAACUUAUCAGGGAUCACCUUCCUCAGCUAACAGAACACAUGGCUGAUAUGACAUUCUUUUCCUCAGUUUCUCUCUCAUGGUUUCUCACACUUUUUAUUAGUGUGCUACCUAUUGAGAGUGCAGUGAAUGUAGUGGACUGCUUCUUCUAUGAUGGAAUAAAGGCCAUUUUACAACUGGGAUUGGCAAUACUGGACUAUAAUUUAGACAAAUUGCUGACAUGUAAAGAUGACGCUGAAGCUGUGACAGCGUUAAACAGGUUCUUUGACAAUGUCACUAAUAAGGAUAGCCCAUUGCCUUCAAGUGUUCAGCAAGGUUCAAAUAUGAGUGAUGAAAAAAGCAGUCAUAUUAGAGUGGAUAUUACAGAUUUGAUUAGAGAGUCAAAUGAGAAAUAUGGUAAUAUUCGCUAUGAAGACAUAUACAGCAUGCGCUGUCGAAAUAGGUUGUAUGUGAUACAGACCCUGGAGGAAACAACAAAACAGAAUGUGUUGCGUGUUGUAUCACAAGAUGUGAAAUUGAGCCUUCAUGAAUUGGAUGAACUUUAUGUCAUCUUUAAGAAAGAGCUGUUUCUUUCUUGUUAUUGGUGUUUGAAUUGUCCAGUAUUGAAGUACCAUGACCCCAGCCUGCCAUACUUGGAACAGUAUCAGAUUGACUGCCAGCAGUUCAGAGUCUUGUAUCACUUCUUGAGUCCCUGGGCUCAUUCUGCAAACAGAGACUCACUAGCUUUAUGGACGUUCAGAUUGUUGGAUGAAAACUCUGACUGCCUUAUAAACUUCAAAGAAUUCUCAUCUGUAAUAGACAUAAUGUACAACGGAAGUUUUACUGAGAAGCUUAAACUGCUUUUUAAGCUGCAUAUCCCUCCAGCUUAUACUGACGUGAAAUCUCAGGACCCUUCAAAAGGAGAUGAACUUUCCAAGGAAGAAUUACUUCAUUUCAGUCAGCUACAUGUUUCCAGACCUGCAAAUGAGAAGGAGGCGGAAUCAGUAAAAAACAGCCCUGAAAAAGGCAAAGGAAAGGUUGAUAUUCAAACAUAUCUAAAUCAAUGGCAAGAGGAGCUUUUCAAAAAAGAAGAAAACAUUAAGAAUUUACCAAGAAUGAAUCAGUCACAAUUUAUUCAGUUUUCAAAAACUCUAUAUAACUUAUUCCAUGGAGACCCUGAAGAAGAGUCAUUAUAUCAGGCCAUUGCUGUUGUAACCAGCCUUUUACUCAAGAUGGAAGAAGUUGGAAGGAAACUACAUAGCCCUAUGUCAUCAGCCAAAGGAUUCUCUGGGACUGUCUGUGCUUCUCGAGGACCCAGUGAGGGGACAACAGAGAACCACUUGCGGGAGAAAGAUCCCUCCUCUCCCAAGCAAGAACCUCAGUGGUCAUUUGCAUUUGAACAAAUUCUUGCAUCUUUGUUGAAUGAACCUGCAUUGGUGAAGUUUUUUGAGAAACCCGUAGAUGUAAAACCCAGGCUAGAAAAUGCAAAAACCUCUCAGUUAAGGUCUAGAACCAAGAUAUAAAUCUCUUAACAGGAAUGGUCUAUCAUAAAAACAAGUUUAAUCAAGAUUCCUGAAGCUAUCAGCUUAAUUCCUGGGAGUAUGGCUCAGGAAUUUAGCUUUGUCUUGUUACCAGUGUGUUUGAAGGCAAAUAUGUAUAUAUAUUCUGAAGCACAAUGAUUCUUUCCUUUGUGGUGAUCUAAAAUUUUGAUAUUCUCAAAUACAAAAGUUCUUUUUAUAUUUCACAAGAUGUAUGAUGUCAGGGGAAUAUGCUAAAUGUUACCACCAGAGGGCACUACCUUAUCACUUUUAGUAAGGAAAUUACUAGAUUUGUGCUGCCUUUUACAUAUAAAUUAGUGAUGAUUUUCACAAGAUGGUGUUGUGUUUGAGUAUUAGUGAUGGUGUAUGUCAUAUAGAUAAAUCCUACUUUCCAAAUUGUCUCAGAUCUAUGAGAAUGCUUUAGAAAUCUGGGCUUUGAAACCUAUAUAUAGCCUUAUUUACCUGGAAGAUUACCCUUUGGAGGCCCUAUUUUCAGGUCAUCUAACUGAAAUAUUGUUAAUGUUUAAAUCUCACUCUGUCUUCUGAUAAUUUUUUUUAGUAGCUUCUGCAUUCUCCCUACCUGAGAGGUUCAGAAGCUGCUGACUUCCACUUCUGUCUCUGUUACUGAUUUAAAAAAAAAAUCAAGAACUCUAAACUCUGGGCUGAUAUAAGGAAAAAUAAUAUUGGAUGGAGUUUAAGCCUUUUCAGGAGGGUUAAGAAACAGUUUCAUUAGCUCUGUAUAUCUCUCAUUAGACUGAGAAAUUACUUGAAAUUCUUCUGAGCAUUCCUUUUUAUGGCACUUGUCUCAGAGUAGCUUGGGACUGCUUUUGUUCUAGCUUUAAAUAUUGGAUUUUCAACACUCAUGUUUUAAGUUACAUAAAGAACAGUUACACUAAGACUGGAUUAUUGUAUUAGUUUGGCAAGUUCAUAAAGUAUACUUGUGUAAAGUGAUUGUCAAGGUAAUGUAUAGAAUUGCCAGCAUCUAGCUAAAAAGUUUUGACUAUCUGAUUUAGAUAUGUAAUCUCUGUGUACUUUAUGCUGCUUGUAGCUCAUAUUCAGUCAUUACAAUGAAAGUCCACUUAGAGAUAGUGGGCUUUGUUAGCAUUUAAAAAACAAACAAACAAGCAAUCCAUACCUAUCCUAUCUUCCCUUCUGUCUCUGACAAGAGCCAUUUAUUAAUCAAUUAAUUUAAGAAAUUGAGGGGAAACUCAUCCAUUGGAAUUAUCUUUCUUCACAAAAAACUUUGGUUUUAAGCCCUUUGACUUUUCUAAAUGUGAAACAAUGAAAGGGCAAACAUCCUUCAGAGUGACCCCAGAAGUCUCCCUUCCUGGGAAGGAAUCUGUACAGUCAACCUUUGACGAAGAGUCCACUGUGAACAAGGCCUAAUACAGAAGGUUUCAUCACCAUAGAAUAUAUUUUUUCAGACAGUUUCAGGAAUUUUCAAGUUGACCCUCUGAGAAUUUCAUAAAUUGGGCAUGGCCAAACACUUAUUUAGUAGUGUCUUUAAAAUGAUACGGUCAACCUUGUCCUUUCAAGGAAAUUACCACUUAAAGAGAUAGCUGGUACAUAAACAUCUAUUUCUCAGAAGUAAUCUGCUGAAACAUCUAAAUCUUAGAACUUAGUCAAUAGUUUAUAUGAAAAGUAUCACAUAAAAAUCUUGAUCUACUAUUAUGCAAUGAUCCUUAAAUUAUACUACAGUAGCUCCAGAAAGACACAAAGCUGUAUGUUUAUAUACAAAGGCACUAUUGUACACACUUCGUUGAAUAUUUUAUGAAUUGUAUUUACCAAAAAAAACCCAAUUUCUUAAGAACAUAUGUUAUUAAUAUUUGAUAUUAUUUUAAAGUCAGACUAUUGAAAAUUACCAAAUAUUGUAUUUUAGCCUAGAUUAAUUAAAAUUUAAUAUGUAAAGACAUUUUAUGAAUUGCAAAAAGAUUAUAAAUGCAAGUUAAAAAGACAACUUUAUUUUCUGAGUCUACAGGAGAAACAAGCUAAACACAUAGUUUUAUAGCUACUGCUUGCUAAACAAAAUGAGUUCUUAAUAUUAAAAAUCUUAUGUAGUUGUGUCAUACUGAACCAGUGCAUUAUAACUUAUACAUUAAAUUAAAUAUGUUAUAAGGUGGAUUUACCUGUGUUUAUAAAAAUAAAUAUUGUAAAUCUAUUAUAGACGAAAAAUCAUUUACUUAAAUAAUAUUAUUUACUGUGAUGUAUUUUUUCUUUACGUUUAACUCAGAUACCAGUUGAGGACUUCCCUCCUGUAUCAGCUAGGGUUCAGUUGCAGAGAACAGAAUUCACUCUACUUAGUUUUGGCAAGAAAGGAUUUAUUCCUGCACGCUAAAAGCCUUGGUGUCCCUGGGUAGUACAAAUGGAUCACACACUCAGCUGCUAACUGAAAGAUUAGAGGUUCGAGUCCACCUAGAGGCACCUUGGAAGAAAGACCUGGAGAAAUCUACCUCUGAAAAAUCAGCCAUUGAGAAACCUAUGGAGCACAGUACUAUUCUGACACACGUGGGCUCACCGUGAAUCAGAAUAGACUCACUGACACCUGGUUUAGUUUAGUUUUUUUUUUUUCCUAAUGAAAGAAUUACAGAAUUAUCAGGGGUGGGGGCUGACUCAAAAUUGACCUUUCAAGAACAACUUCCAAACCAUAGCACAGAACCAGGCCACCAAAGGAGCUGCUAACUCUUCUAUAAUCAGAAAGCUACUAUGUAUUUCAUAAUGAGAAACCAGUGCUAUUGCUGCUACCUCUAGAACAUGCUCUGCCUGCUGUGAUUUACACAUUUACAACAGCAAAAUAGCAGCCCUGCAGCCUGCCUCUCACCACUCACAAGCUAAUGACUAAAUUGCAAUAGAACCAAGUUUACCAGCAGAUGCGGCAGAAUAAUAGCCUGCACCUCCCUUCUGCCGUUUAAGUUUCACGUGAGUGCAUCCGAUUAGCCUAUAAUAUAUAUAGAAUCAUAGUUGCAGGGGAAUCUGGGAAAUGUCUUUUUAGCCACUGCAGUACAGGAAGGCACAGAGUUUGGAAUGGACAUUGAGCACUGUAUUCUUUUUCUCUUGUGUAACAAAUUACCUCACACUUGUUAGUUGCUGUCGAGUCGAUUCUGACUCAUAGUGACCCCAUGUGUGUAGAGUAGAACUGCUCCAUAGAGUUUUCAUGGCAGUGUGUCCUUUCAGAAGCAGAUCACCAGGACUAUCUUCUCAGGUUCCUCUGGGUGUGUUCAAACCACCAACCUUUCAGCUAGCAGUCAUUCGCUUAAACACCCAGGGACUCCAGAUUAAAAUAGCAUGCAUUUAUUAUAGUUUCUGUGAGUUAGGAGUCUGGCCUUGGCUUAGCUGGGUCCUCUUGUUGUUGUUAGGUGCCAUCAAGUCGGUUCCAGCUCACAGUGACCCUAUGUACAACAGAAUGAAACACUGUCCAAUUCUUUACCACCCUCAGAUUCGUUAUGCUUGAGCCCACUGUUGCAGCCACUGUGUCAAUCUGUCUCGUUGAGGAUCUUCCUCUUUUUCACUGACCCUCUACCUUACCAAGCAUGAUGUCCUUCUCCAGGGACUGGUCCCUUCUGAUAACAUGUCCAAAGUGUGUGAGUUGAAAUCUCGCCACCUUGCUUCUAAGAAGCAUUCUGGCUGUACCUCUUCCAAGACAGAUUUGUUCAGUCUUUUGGCAGUCCAUGGUUUAUUCAAUAUUCUUCGCCAGCACCUCAGUUCAAAUGCUUCAAUACUUCUUUGGUCUUCCUUAUUCAUUGUCCAGCUUUCACAAGCAUAUGAGGCGAUUGAAAACACCAUGGCUUGGGUCAGGCGCGCCUUAGUCCUUAAAGUGACAUCUUUGCUUUUUAACACUCUAAAGAGGUGUAUUGCAGCACAUUUGCCCAAUGCAAUACAUGGUUUGAUUUCUUGACUGCUGCUUCCAUGGGCAUUGAUUGUGGAUCCAGGUAAAAUGAAAUUCUUGACAACUUCAGUCUUUCCUCCGUUUAUCGUGAUGUGGUUUAUUGGUCCAGUUGUGAAGAUUCUGGUUUUCUUUAUGUUAAGGUGUAAUCCAUACUGAAAGCUGUAGUCUUUGAUCCGUAAGUGCUUCAAGGCCUCUUCACUUUCAGCAAGCAAGGUUGUGUCAUCUGCAUAUUGCAGAUUGCCAGGGAGUCUCCAGUCCUGAUUCCUCAUUAUUCUUCAUAGAGUCCAGCUUCUUGGAUUAUUUGCUCAGCAUACAGAUUGAAUGGGUAUAGUGAGAAGAUACAACCCUGACACACACCUUUCCUGACUUUAAACCACGCAGUAUCCCCUUGUUCUGUUCGAAUGACUGCCUCUUGGUCUAAGUACAGGUUCCUCAUGAGCACAAUUAAGUGUUCUGAAAUUCCCCUUCUUUGUAAUGUUAUCCAUAAUUUAUUAUGAUCCAUGUAGUCAAAUGCCUUUGCAUAGUCAAUAAAACACACAGGUAAACACUUCUGGUACUCUCUGCUUUCAGCAUGAUCCAUCCAGCAAUGAUAUUCCUUGUUCCAUGUCCUUUUCUUCAAAUCCUGCUUGAAUUUCUGGCAGUUCCUUGCCGAUGUACUGCUACAACCGGUUUUGAAUGAUCUUCAGCAAAAUUUUACUUGUGUGUGAUAUUAAUGAUAUUGUUUGAUAAUUUCCUCAUUCAGUUGGAUCACCUUUCUUGGGAAUAGGCAUAAUUAUGGAUCUCUUCCAAUCAGUUGGCCAGGUAGCUGUCUUCCAAAUUUCUUGGUAUAGAUGAGUGAGCGCUUCCAGUACUGCACCCAUUUGUUGAAACAUCUCAGUUGGUAUUCUGUCAAUUCCCGGAGCCUUGUUUUUCGUCAAUACCUUCAGUGCAGCUUGGACCUCUGUCUUCAGUACCAUUAGUUCCUGAUCAUAUGCUACCUCCUGAAAUGGUUGAACAUGGACCAAUUCUUUUUGGUGUAGUGACUCGGUAUUGCUUGCAUCUUCUUUUGAUUCUUCUUGCGUCUUUUAAUAUUUUCCCUGUAGAAUCCUUCAGUACUACAACUCAAGGCCUGAAUUUUCUCUUCAGUUCUUUCAGCUUGAGAAAUUCCGAGUGUGUUCUUCUAACUUUUGGUUUUCUAACUCUAGGUCUUUGGACAUUUCGUUAUAAUACUUUGUCUUCCCGAGCCACCCUUUGAAAUCUGUUCUGCUCAUUUACUUCAUCAUUUCUUCCUUUCACUUUAGCUGCUCUACAUUCAAGAGUAAGUUUCAGAGUCUCUUCUGACAUCAAUUUUCGUCUUUUUUUCUUUCCUGUCUUUUUAAUGAAUUCUUACUUCAUAUAUGAUGUCCGUGAUGUCAUUCCACAGCUCGUCUGGUCUUUGGUCACUAGUGUUCAGUGUGUCAAAUCUGUUCUCGAGAUGGUCUCUAAAUUCAGGUGGGACUAUACUCAAGGUCAUACUUUGGCUUUUGUGGACUUGUUCUAAUUUUCUUCAUCUUCAACUUGAAUUUGCAUAUGAGCAAUUGAUGGUCUGUUCCACAGUCAUCCCCUGGCCUUGUUCUGACUGACGAUAUGGAGCUUUUCCAUCAUCCCUUUCCACAGUAGUCGAUUUAAUUCCUGUGUAUUCCAUCUGACGAGGUCCAAUUGUAAAGUUGCUGUUUAUGUUGGUGAAAAAAGGUAUUUGCAAUGAAGAAGUAAUUGACCUUACAAAAUUCUGUCAUGCAAUCUCCAGCAUCGUUUCUGUCACCAAGGCCAUAUUUUCUGACUACCAAUCCUUCUUUGUUUCCAGCUUUCGCAUUCCAAUCACCAGUAAUUACCAACGCAUCGUGAUUGCAUGUUUGACCAAUUUCAGUCUGCAGAAGUUGGUAAAUAUCUUCAGUUUCUUCAUACUUGGCCUUAGUGGUUGGUGCGUAAAUUUGAAUAAUUAUUGUAUACACUGGUCUUCCUUGUAGGCGUGUGGGUAUUAUCCUAUCACUGACAGUGUUGUACUUCAGGAUACAUCUUGAAAUGUUCUUUUUGACAACGAACACGACACCAUUCCUUUUCAGUUGGUCAUUCUCGGCACAGUAGACCAUAUGAUUGUCUAAUUCAAAAUGGCCAGUACCAGUCCAUUUCAGCUUACUAAUGCCCAGGGUAUCGAUGUUUAUGCCUUCCGUUUCAUUUUUGACGACUUCCAAUUUUUCUAGAUUCAUACUUCAUACAUUCCACUUAUUAAUGGAUGUUUGCAGUUGUUUCUUCUUAGGGUCUCACAAGGCUGCAAUCACGGUGUCAGGCUAGUUCUCAUCUAGAGGCUCAACUAGGAAAGAAUCCACUUCCAACCCACUCAAGCUGUUGGAAGAAUUCAUUUCCUUGUAGUUGUAGGACUGAGGGCCCCAGAUUCUUGCUGCUUGUCGACUGGAGGCCGCCCUCAGCUCCUAGAGGCUGCCAGUAGUUCCCUUGCCACAUGGGCUUCCCCCAAAUGACCACUUACUUCAAGCCAGUAUGGUGAAUCUCUAGAGUGAGUCUGCUAGCUGGACGAUGCCUUAUAUAAUGUAGCAUAAUCACAGUAGUGACAUCCCUUCCCAUUCUGUUAGUUAGAAGUAAGUCACAGGUCUCACCCACGCUGGAGAGGAACAAAGGUAUACACUCCAGGAGAUGGGAGGGGAGGGGCACUUUAGAGUCUUAAUGUUUGUUCACCACAAGCAACAACCUGUGCUAUCCACCUCUUUUACAAUACAAUACACCCUUCUUCCUAUACUUCUGAAUGGCAACUAGUAGCAACAACAGCUGCUCCUGCCUAUCUUAAUGCAAAUCUCCCUCCAAAACCAAAAAACCAAACCCAUUGCCAUCAAGUCAAUUCUGACUCAUAGCGACCCUGUAGGACAGAGUAGAAGUGCCCCAUAGGGUUGCCAAGACUGUAACCUUUAUGGAAGCAGACUGCCACAGCUUUCUCCCACAGAGUGGCUGGUGGGUUCCAACUGCUGGCCGACCUUUCGGUUAGCAGCUGAGCAUUUAAACACUGCACCACCAGGGCCCCUAAAUCUCCCUCAUACAAACAAAAUGCAUUGUUCUCCCUUAAGGGAAGAUCCGUCACUUACUUAGAUCCAUCUGUGGGUGAUAUUCACUUCUCCUAAUUCAGUCACAAUCCCAUCUUGAUAUCCUGUAAUAUGUGGAGUAAAUUAUAAAUUUAAUCACCACCAACUCACCUUAUAUAAAACAGUAGAGGCAUGGUAGGGCAACAAAUUGGUUAUCUAUAAAUAUGUACUUAAAAGAACCGUGGCAGUGGUUAAGAGCUCCAUUGCUAACCAAAAGGUCAGCAGUUCGAGUCCACCAGCCACUCCUUGGAAACACUAUGCAGGCAGCUCUGCUCUGUCCUGUAGGAUCGCUAUGAGUCAGAAUUGACUUGACGGCAACGGGUUUGGGUUUGGUUUAUGUACUUAAAAAAAGAAAGGGAGAAACCUUUGGUAGCUACUACAGUCCUCAUUUCUGCAACUGGUCAUGAGGCCAUAGUUGUGUUUUUUGUUUGUUUUUUAAUUACCAUACAAUACACUUAACUUUUUUGGUAUAAACUUCCAUGAGUUUUAACAGAUAUAUAUUCAUGUUAUCGUCGUCACAGUUAGAAUACAGAACUGUUCCACCAUCCCUCAAAAAAGUCCGCCCCCCUUGCCAUCCCCUUAUAGUCACACUCUCCUCCAACCCCUGACCUCAGGCAAUCACUGAUCAGUUCUUUAUAGUUCUGACUUUCUGAGAGUGUCAUGUAACUGGAAUCAUACGGUAUGUGACUGUUUGAGACUGGCUUCUUUUACCCAGCACAACACCUCUGAAAUUCACCCGAGUUGUUUUGUGUUAGUUCCUUUUUAUUGCAGAAUAGUGUUCCGUUAUACACAUGUACCACUGUUUAUUUAUUCACCCACUGAAGUACAUUUGGUUGUUUCCAGGUUUUGUCGAUUAUAAAUAGAGCUGCUAUAAACAUUCAUAUACAGGUUUUUGUGUGAACUUAAGUUUUCUUUUCCCUGGGUUAAGUACCCAGCUGUGGGAUUGCUAGUUCAUAUGGUGCGUGCACGUUUAAAUUUGUAAGACACUGCCAAAGCAUUUUCCAAAGUGGUUGUACCAUUUUAAAUGUCAACCACCAAUGUAUGAGAGUUUCACUUGUUCCACAUCAUCUCCAGCAAUUGAUAUUGUCAGGAUUUUAUUUUUUGUUGUUGUGUUUGCCUUCUAAUAGGUACACAGUGGUAUCUCACUGUGCUUUUAAUUUGCGUUUCCCCUAAUAACCAAUGGGAGUUUGGAGGUGGUUAAUGUAUUCAGUUGCUAACCAAAAGUUUGGCAGUUGGAGUCCACUCAGAGGCAUCUUGGAAGAAAGGCCUGGUGAUCUACUUCCAAAAAACCAGUCAUUGAAAACCCUAUGGAGCACAGUUCAACUGUGACACACGUGGAGUCACAAUGAGUUGGAACUGACUCCACAACAACUGCUUCGGCUAAUAGCUAAUAAUGUUGAACAUCUUUUCAUGUGCUUUUUUGUCAUCCCUAUAUCCUCUUUGGUCAAGUGUCCAAGUCUUUUGUCCAUUUUUUAAAUGCGUUGUUUGUUUUCUAAGUGAUAAAUUUUGAGAUUUCCUUAUGUAUUCUGAAUAUGUUCUUUUUUUUUUCAUUGUAUUAUCAGUGUUUUUCAGAAAGCAGAAGUUUUUUAUUUUGAUGAAGUCCAAUUUAUCAUUUUCUUUUAUGGGUCAUGUCUAAGAAAUCUUUGCUUAAGUUGGGUCACAAAGAUAUUCCCCAGUAUUUUCUUCUAAAUAUUUUAUAGUUUUAGGUUUCAUCAUCUUGAGUUAAUUUUUGUGUAAGGUGUGAGGUUUAGGUAGAGAUUCAUAUUUUUAUGUAUGGAUGUCCAAAUAUUCUCAUACCAUUUGCCGAAAAGACUAUCCUUUCUCCAUUGAAUUGCUUUUGUACUUUCUUUGAAAAUCAAAUGGCCUUAUUCAUGGGGGUCUGUUUUUAAAUUAUUCUGUUCCAAUGAUUUAUGUGUCUACAUCUUUACCGAUACAACGUUGUCAUGAUUACUGUAGCUUUAUAGUAAGUCUCAGAAUCAAGUUUGUUAUUUUCCAAUUUUGUUUUCCUUCUUCUAGUACCUUUGCCUUUCCCUAUAAAUUUCAGAAUCAGUAUAUAUCUGAAAAAAAAAAAAAACACCAACAAAAACUCUCCUGGGUUUUCAACGGGAAUUGUGUUAAAAGUAUAGAUCAAUUUGGAGAGAAUUAUCAUCUUUACUAUGUUGAGUCUUCCAAUCUAUGUGCACAGUACAUCUCUCCAUUUAUUUAGGUUUUAUAUGUAUAUAUCAGUGUUUUGUAGUCUCUAUGAUACAGAUCCUGUACAUGUUUUGUUGAUACUUAAAGAUUGCAUUUUCUCGAGCUAUCGUUAGUGGUAUCUUUUUUUAAAUUAAGUUUCCAGUUGUACAUUGCUUGUGUAAAAAAAUAGGUUGCAUUUUGUUUCUUGACCUUAUAUUUUGUGACCUUGCUAAACUCAUUUAGCUAGUUUUUUGUUUUGUGGAUUUUUUGGGGGGGCAGAGGGGAAUUUGAUUUUUUUUUUAGAUUCCUUAGGAUUUUCUACAUAGACAACCAUGUCAUCAGUGAAUGGGGACAGUUUUAGUUCUUCUUUUCCAAUCUGUAUGCCUUUUUUUUUUCAUUGUCUUCCCUUGUUGCUUGUGCUUUUGAUGUCAUGUCUAAGAAUUUAUUGUCAAAAACAAAAUCUUGAAGCUUUACCCUAUGUUUUGUCCUAAGAGUUUUAUGGGUUUAGUGCUUAUAUUUAGAUCAUUGAUCCAUUUUGAGUUAAUUUUGUAUAUGGUGUGAGGUAUAGGUCCAGGUUUAUUCCACUUCAUUUCACUUGUCCCGGCAUCAUUUGUUUUUGUUUUUUUAAAUAAUAUUUUAAAUUUAAUAUUUUUUGGUGAAAGUUUAUGCUGCAAGUUAGGUUCCCAUUUGACAAUUUCCACACAAACUGUUCAGUGACAGUAGUUACAUUUAUCAUGGUGUGGCAAAAUUCUCUUCAAUUGUGUUCAGUUUGUUCUCUUUCCAGUACUCUGGUUUCCCUGUACCCUUAUCUUCUUAUCUUUGCGUUUGAGUAAAUGUUGACUUUUUGGUCUCAUGCUGAUGGUUUUUAAGUAGGACACCAAUCUUAUGGGUAAUAUCCUUAUUUUGUGUGCUUCUCUGCUAUUUCACUAAAUGGUGAUCUCAGGAGAUAGGCUCAGUUCUAGGUUUAAAGCAUGUCUCAGGGGUGAUAGUCUCAGGGAAUCCUCUGUUCUUUGCUGUCCCAGUUUGUCUUACAGUUGUGUAAACUCAAUCUACAAAAUUAAUUUACAACUUAAGCCAAUCUCUUUUGAGAUAUAAAGGAGAGAAGCAGGCAGAGAGACAUGGGGACCUCAUAACACUAUGGAAGUAGUGCCAGGAGAAGAGCGCGUCCAAAGGAUGGGGUCCCUGUGCUGAGAAGCUCCUAGUCCAGGGAAGAUUGGUGACAAGAUCUUCCUCCAGAAUCGACAGAGAGAGAAAGCCUUCCCUUAGAGCUGGUACUUUGAAUUUGGACUUCUAGCCUCCCAGUCUGUGAGAGAAUAAAUUUCUCUUUGUUAAAGCCAUCCACUCAUGAUAUUUCUGUUAUAGCAGCACUAGAUGACUAAGACAUAAUGUCACCAAUUUUAUUUCUUAAUUUGGUUAUAUGCCUCUUCCGUUUUUUUUCUUUUGUCAGUCUAGCCAGUGGUUUGUCUAUUUUAUUGAUCCUUUCAAAGAACCAACUUCUGGCUUUGUUCAUUCUUUCAAUUGUUUUUCUGUUUUCAGUUUUGUUUAUUUCUGCCCUGAUCUUUAUUAUUUCUUUUUUUCUGGUAGCAUAUGGCCUCUUUUGCUCUUCCUUUUCUAUUUGUUUGAGUUGUUGGUUUAAGUUAAUGAUUUUGAAUCUUUCUUUUUUAAUGUAGGCAUUUAUUUCUAGAAAUUUCCCUCGAGUACUGCUUUUGCUGUGUCACAAAAGUUUUUAUAUGUUGUGUUUUCAUUUUCACUUGAUUCUAGGAAUUUUUUAUUUCACCUUUAAUUUCUUCUAUGACCCAAUAGCUUUUUAGUAGUAUAUUAUUCAGUUUCCAUGUAUUUAUUCUUUUUAUUUUUUUGAAUUUAUUCUUUUUUCCUGUUAUGGUCAGAGAAGAUUAAAAUCAUACAAAGCAUCUUCUCUCUAUGUCUUCCCUCACUGUUGCCAUUGCACAGGUACUCCCAUGGUGUCCUGCUGUGGGUUGUUUCCUGUACAGCCUGUCAGUCUGAAGUAUUCUCCUCACCCAGCUACCCUUGCAAUUCCUCCCAGUCCUAGUGCCCAUCUGUCUUGGGCCUUAGCGAGAUUCAACCGCACUCUCACACAUCACCACAAUCUCUCUUCACCCCAUCCCAAUUGUGUGGCCCAUGUACUCCCACAGCCAAUUUGUGCUGCCUUAAAAAAAUCGGGCUAGUGCUUCCUCAGAUUAUCUCCUUUCCUGUGUUUCCUCUUUGGGGUGUUACCCAGCCCCCUCCCAAAAUGGCUGCAAUGAGCGAACACUCCCAGCAUUAGCGGGUAGGAUCUCCUGGCUUUUGUGCCAACCCCGUUCCUACUUUCCCCUGCUUCUGGACUCAUCCCGACUCUCCAAUACCUCAGCUGCUGUCCAGAGUUCUGAGAUCUCAGUCUGUGCUUGUUUUUAUCUGUGAGUUAGUUGCCAGGGAAGUAAAUGGGAGCAUCCACUCACUUUGCCAUCUUGCUCCGUCUCCUCCUAGCGUCAUUUGUUGAAGACACAAAUACCCAAUUAGAAAAUGGGCAAAGGACAUGAAUAGACAUUUCUCCAAAGAAGAUAUACAAAUGACCAACAAGCACAUGAAAAUAUGCUUGUCAUUAGUCAUUGUUGUUGGGUGCCAUCGAAUUGGUUCCAACUCAUAGCGACCCCAUGCACAACAGAACGAAACGCUGCCCGGUCCUGAGCCAUCCUUACAAUCGUUGUUAUGCUUGAGCUCAUUGUUGCAGCCACUGUGUCAAUCCACCUCGUUGAGGGUCUUCUUUUCCGUUGACCCUGCACUUUGCCAAGCAUGAUGUCCUUCUCCAGGGCCUGAUCCCUCCUGACAACAUGUCCAAAUUACAUAAGAUGCAGUCUCACCAUCCUCGCUUCUAAGGAGCAUUCUGGUUGUACUUGUUCCAAGACCGAUUUGUGUCUGUCAGUUUGUCAUACUACGGGGGCUUGCAUGUUGCUUGAUGCUGGAAGCUAUGCCACCGGUAUUCAGAUACCAGCAGGGUCACCCAUGGAGGACAGGUUUCAGCUGAGCUUCCAGACUAAGACAGACUAGGAAGAAGGGCCCGGCAGUCUACUGAAAAGUGUUAGCCAGUGAAAACCUUAACCAUUAGUCAUUAGGGAAGUGCAAAUCAAAACCACAAUGAGGUAUCACUUCACACCAACUAGGAUGGCUAUGGUUUUAAAAACCCCAAAACAACAGGUGUUGAUGAGAAUGUGGAGAAAUUAGAGCCCUUGUGCAUUGCUGCUGGGAAUGUAAACUAGUGCAGCCACUGUGGAAAACGUUCUACUGGCUCCUCAAAAAGCUAAACAUAGAAUUACCACACAACCCAGCAAUUCCACUUCUAGGUUUAUACCCAAAAGACAUGAAAGUGGAGACUCAAACCAAGACUUGUACACCAGUGUUCAUUGCAACAUUAUUCCACAACAGCCAAAAGGUGGAACAACUCCAGUGUCCAUCAACAGAUGAAAGGAUAACUAAAAUGUGGUAUAUACAUAUGUCUUAGUUAUCUAGUGCUGCUGUAACAGAAGUACCACAAGCGGAUGGCUUUAACAAAGAGAAGUUUAUUUUCUCAUAGUAAAGUAGACUAAAAGUCCAAAUUCACAGUGUUAGCUCCAGGAGAAGGCUUUCUCUCUCUGCCCACUUUCUCAUCAAUCCUACCCCAGACUUGGAGCUUCUCUGCGCAGGAACCCCAGGUCCAAAGGACGUGCUCUGCUCCUGGCACUGCUUUCUUGGUGGUGUGAGGUACCCCUGUCUCUCUGCUCACUCCUGUCUUUUAUGUCUCAAGAGAUUGCCUCAAGAUACAAUCCAGUCUUGUAGGUUGAGUCCUGCCUCACUAACACAACUGCUGCCCAUCCUCCCACAUUAACAUCAUAGAGGCAGGAUUUACAACAUAUAGGAAAAUCACACAAUACCUGGAAUCAUGGCCCAGCCCAAUUGAGGCACACAUUUUGGGGGGACAUAAUUCAAUCCAUGACAACUUACAAUGAACUAUUAUUCAGUCAUCAUGAGGAAUGAAGUUCUGAUACAUGCUAUAGCAUGGAUGAACCUUGAAAACAUUAAUGAAAAUAAGUAAGACACAAAAGGAGAAAUAUUGUAUGAUCCCACUUAUAUGAAAUCUAUAGAAUAAGCUGAUGCAUUGCUGUUGUUAGGUGCCAUCGAGUCGGAUCCAGCUCUUAGUGACCCUAUGCACAACAGAACGAAACACAUAGAGACAAAAAUUUAUUGGAGGUCCUAGGGGCUGGGGGGAGGAGAGAAUGAGAAGUUAUUUAUUAAAGAGUACUGAGUUUCUAUUUUGGAUGAUAAAAAACUCUUGGAAGUAGACAGAGGUAAUGGUUGUACAACGUGGUGAAUGUAAUUAUGUUACUGAACUGAAUGGUUAAAAUGAUAAAAUUUUUGUUACAUAUAUUUUGACAUGAUAAAUUUUUUUUUAAAUCAAUUAGUCAUAUUUGUGUGGGUUUCUUCACCUUUGUUUUUGAAAAAUUUUUUUUUACUGAAUACCAAAUUUGGGAUUGCUUCCCCUCCCCCCCCCAAAUUUGACAAGAUCAUCCCAUUGUCUCCUGGCUCCUAUUGGUGCUAUUAAGCUGUCAGUUUCAUUGUUGUUCUUUUGAGAUUAAUCUUGUUUUCCCCCUUAACUUAAAAAAAAAAGUCUGAAAAACAAUAUAAACCCUUACAGGCACAUUUGGAAAAUACAGACAAUAAAAUGAAAUCAUAUAUAAUGCUACCACCCUAACACAACCACUGCCUUGCACUUUUGCAUUCUAUUUUCUGUAUUUUUUAAUUUUAAUAAUUUUAAUCCUGUGUUUCUCUCUUUGUAAUCCUAGUCUCUUCUAUCUGGUUUCAGCUGUGGUAUCUCCAACUGCACGUGAUUGUCUUGAAUUCACAAAAAUAAAUACAAGAAAGCAUUGCAAACAUCUGCAUUUCAAAUUAUUACCUUCUGUAAGAACAGAUUCCUAUUAACUUCUCAUGUGUCCAUUUAUGGUUUUGUGUAUGUAUAAGGAGUGGAAAGGUAUACCAAAAAUAUAUAACACAUUACACAAAGACCAGUAUCUCCACCCUUCCCUUUCUUAAAAAAGAAAAGAAAUAGAAACUCUCCUACCUUUGACCAUUUUUAUUUUUAUUCCCAUGACUCUGCAUUCAUUUUACUUUUUAUGUUUCAGGAAAUGUUUUGGUCAGUUGGAAUUUCUCAUACCAUUUUUAGUGUUGUUCUUGUGGCUGUGGUAAUUCUCUUAUGAACUUAGAUAAAAAUUUGAAAACUUCCCAAGGCCUUUUUGGAGUUUAAGUAGUAUGACUCUUUGAAGCGGUUUUCAGGAGAAAAAAAAUCCCUUUUCUUAAUAUGCCGAAUGCAGUCUGAGUGGCAUAAUAUGAUCAUUUCACUCAA